AUGAGUAAUCAGUCUAACGAUAUCCCUCUUACUGACAUGAACAGUUUGCAAUACACAUCUCACGAUCGACCUUCAUUCGCUGCACCCUCUCAAGCCGCCACCUCGAAUCAAGGUACCAGUACUGCAAAUAACAAUAGCACCGCCCGACAAGAAGGAAAUAGUUCGAGUACUGCUGCUCCCGAUGGAUCACUUAACUCACUCCCAAACAGCCCAAGGUAG